UUGACGAAUUUCGUGACAAAAGUGAGAAUUGCCGAUUGUUGCUAACAUACGAGUGGUUUCAUGGAGGUGAAAAGACAACAGGAAAAUGGUAUUUUGUACCCCUCACGUCAUCACUUCAUCGAGUAUUGAUCAAAGUAUUGAUCAAGAAAUAUAUGUCUCACAAGAUAGAAAUGGAACCGGGAACAGUGAAAAUUGCCGAAGACAGCGACUUCGAUAUGCUGAAAAGGCUUGUAGACGAUCACACCGAUUGGAAACUGGAUUACGAUAAAGGAGACGAGACAAAGGUUUGGACAAAAACGACUCCCAAUUGCCACUUCAAAAUGGUCAAGAUUCAGUCGGUCUUCCAAAACAUAAAGGCCAGCACAUUAUUCGACGUGUUACAUGACCCGGGAUAUCGCAAAGAAUGGGACGGAUAUAUGAAGGAAUCCAUAGAAAUUGGAUAUUUGAACCCCAACAACGAUAUCGGAUACUACGCAUUAUCCUGUCCGACGCCAGUCAAAAACAGAGACUUCGUCUUGCAACGAUCCUGGCUGGAUAUGGGCGACGAAAAACUCAUCCUAAAUCAUUCCGUCAACCACAAGGACUACGCCAUCAGGAAGGGCCACAUAAGGGCGGUGUCUCAUCUCACCGGCUUCGUCGUUAGGGCUAAGGCAGAAGGGUGCUUCCUGGGGUACGUCUCGCAAACGGACCCCAGGGGCAAACUGCCCAUCUGGCUGGUCAACAAGAUCACGCAGAAGUUCGCCCCCAAGGUCGUCAAGCAGCUGAGGAAGGCCGCCGAAGGGUACGAAACGUGGAAGUCGGCGCAAGGCGACCCCUCUUACAAGCCUUGGGUGUAUCCUGAACAAACGCUUUCUGUACCUAGAGUCAGUCUAUCCGAUUGCUUGCCAAAUGGGCUAUCGAUGUCAGCUGUUGGCGAUUGUGAAGAAUACGAUUGACGCUUAUGGUGCAUCAACCAUAUAGGACAUUUUGGCAUUCAUAAAUAUGAAAUAAACAACUUUGAAUUACAACUCUUUUAUGCUAUAAUCAAAUCCAAAUUCGUUUCUCGAAAAAAAAUUAUAAAUAUAUGCGAUACACAAGAAUUGCACAAUAAAUACAAAUUUUGACGAAGGA